AUGAGCGCUGAUGUUGCUCAUGACGCUCGCCUUUCGUGGUCCGCAUCCAUGAGCGGCAACGAACCCAUUGGUGGACUUUCAUUUCCCACAGCUGCAAAACCGCGCCUGGUCCAGCGCUACAAUGUGUUACCAAUGCAUAAUUCAGGUUGGCACCAAGCCCAAUCUGCAGUCUUUCCGAAUAAUCCUCAAAGUAUUCCUCGGGCAGAGAAUACCUUGAGAAGAAAGACACCGAAUGGCACAUUGAAUGCUGGCUACGAUGCUUCUGUAGAGGACCUGAGCCAGCCUCUCAAACGCCAGUUGCUGCCUCUGAGCGAAGCCAGUGCAUUGGCUCCCAUAACAUUCGCAGCUUCCGCGAAUGGCAAGCGCACGUUUCUGGAGCAUGAGCGAGCGCUCCAUCAACAGCAGUCGGCCGUGCAGGGACAGCUUCCCGGCUGGUCCGGUUCUGCAAGCGUAUCUUUCCCAAAUGGUCAGCCGAUGUAUGAUCGGUCUGUCGACUCUUAUUCAACCUCGCAUUUUGAUCCCCAUUUAAAGCAAAGGAUGGGCGGCCACCCGUACCAACAACAGACUGUACCGAGCGUCAUGCAGCCAUCACUGCAGCAUCUCGGCCCGACGGCUUCAGGAGGUCAAGCCUCUGGUCCAUAUGGCCCUUACUGGCAUGAUGGCACCUUUCUUCCCUAUAGGCCGGCUGCCAUCCAUGAUCCUCGAUUUUAUCCACAGCCUGCCGCAAACACCACCAAUAAAUUAUCGCACAACUCCGCUGCAUACUCAGGCUAUGUUUGGCAACAAGAUCCGCGCCUGGCGCAUUCGCCUAGCAUAGCCCAGCGACCAGAUGAAAGCACAAUUUCCACAUUUCACACAGCCAGGCUGGGAGUGGAGAUUCCGGCUGCCUCACUUGACUAUGGUUCUACGUCCGCGAAUGGCAUGCACCGGGACAAGAUAUUCUCGUGGGCGCUUCAACAAUACAAGGAGCUUUUGGCCUAUAUCCAUCACAACCGACAAAGUCAAGGUCAACCACGUAGCGCUCAGCGACCUAGUUUCUAUCCCCGGCCUCCACGGCCGACGGCGAAGUCACCGAUAUCAAUGAACACGCAAUCUCGGCAGAUCUAUGACGAGGCCACGAAGGGGCUGCAAGUAGAUCUACAGCCAUCGAUACCAUCUGCGAAAGCUUUCAUCAAUCGUGACGAGACACCACCAUCGCGCGCUCUUGUCGCCCUCCAGCAGAUUGAUGUGUUUUGCCAGAAAGAUGGUUGGCGAUGGGUUGAUGGAAUGCAGCUUGGAGGUUGUCUAGCGUAUGGAUUGAAUGACCACUCGAAAGCUCAAGUCUGGUUCAGGAGGGUGCUCGACAAAGACCCCAAUCAUCUCGAGGCCACGUCAAAUCUGGCCGCCACGAUGCUUGCACUCGGUCAGAGGCGUGAAGCGGAACAGCAUUGGAUGAAAGUCGUCAAAGUCGCACCGACGUAUUUCGAGGCCGUGGAGCAUCUUGUUGGCCUGCUAUGUAAUGAGCAAAGAAGCAAAGACGCUAUCAAAGUGGUAGAGUAUGUCGAGCGAUCCCUACGACAGCGCCAACCCUCAGAUCAACUCAAGGUGCUUGACCGCCAGAGCGAAUGUUCAUCUUCAACCGCCAGCCGGUCACCCCGUAUAUCAGAGCUUUCCGAGACAAUCACGUACGAUUACGAUCUGGACGGGGACAGCUUCGUGAACGAUUCUCGUGAUACCUCCUUUUUCUCGCAAGCCGGAUUCGGCACGAGUGGAUACGCAAUUCCUGGAAGCGAAAAUGGACGCAUGCUAGCUCUCAUUCACGCUAAAGGCAACAUGUUAUACGGUGUUGGUGACAAUGGCGGCGCGGCCAGCGCGUUUGAAGAGGCAGUUUUAAUCGCUACAGGACGGAAAUUCGACAACAUUCAGAGCUUGGUGGAAAUGGUCUUGAAGGUUGUAUCUGCAACUCUACGGCAGCGUCCUCAGCACGCAGGUGCCACCUCAGCUCUUACUACAGACCCUGUCCUAUUGUCGCCAGAAGAAGCCCUCAAUACUGCAAAGCUUUGUUUCUUGCCCCAUGGAGAGCUCCCUGGACUCGUGCAUAUAGCUCACAACAGUCUUGCACGCAAAGCAAUUGUCUCCACGACCAGCAAUUCGCUGCUAUCUCUCGCAAAGAUUUUUCAAGAUGGGAUGUCUAACCCGAGUAGAUCAAUUGGUGUUCGCCCUCUAGCUCACGGCGUGCGAGAUAUUCUCGCUCUGUAUUACAUGUCGCUCGCUCUUCAACCCAGCCCUUCGACUGCGAACAAUGUCGGGAUUCUUCUGGCGAGUGUACAACAAGUGACAGCAACAGUCCCGCCGGGGCAGCGAUCUGAGAUUCCUGGCGUUUUACCAGGCAGUGGUACUGCCCUAGCUCUCUCUUAUUACAACUAUGGCCUACAGCUAGACAAACACCACGCUCACUUGUACACCAAUUUGGGUAGUCUCUUGAAGGACAUCGGUCAACUGGACGCUGCGAUCAACAUGUACGAGCGAGCAGUCCAAUGCGAUGGAAAUUUCGACAUAGCCCUUGCGAAUCUCGCCAAUGCUGUCAAAGACAAAGGCCGCACUAGUGAUGCAAUCAUGUAUUACAAGCGGGCCGUUAAGGUCAGUCCCGACUUCGCAGAAGCAGUCUGUGGGUUGGCAAAUGCGUUGAAUUCCGUCUGUAGUUGGCAGGCUCGGGGUGGAAUCGUGGGCGAUUGUGGUCGUCGCGAUCGUUGGCAUGUCGACCCAAACGGCAUGCUUUUGGACGCGACCAAAGCUGGGGCUGUUGGCUCGGGCUGGAUCAAGAGGGUCGUGGACAUCGUUGAAAAGCAGCUAUCUGAUGGAGAGAACUGGGGUCGAUGCACAAGCUCGUCUUGGCAAAUUGAUGCACUGGUACAACAAUUGUCGCUCCUUGAAGAAGGAACAGCAAACGCGCGCGGACAUAGAGAGACCCUGCGGAGUACUGUACAGAAAUGGGCAGGCCAAAAGUGGGAGGGCGCUCGAAUCACCCGAUUCGUCGAGCGUGCAACGAAGAGAAUCGGAUGGCACUGGUAUCGGGAUCGAUAUGUCACUCGUGUGCAUCGACCUACAGCGAGCUACAAUCGGCCCCAACUCCCGGCAGGUCUUGCGAUUCCGACUGUGCCAACGGUGCUGCCAUUCCAUACCUUUACCUGUCCCAUGUCAGCUAAGCAGGUCCGACAAAUUUCGCAAAGGAAUGGCUUACGGAUUUCGGUCUCCGCGCUUCGAUCUCCAUGGUUGCCAAGACAGGUGUAUCCACCACCGAAGCCUCCGUCGCCUUGCUUGAAGGUGGGCUAUGUGUCUUCUGACUUCAACAACCACCCGCUUGCACACCUGAUGCAAUCCGUCUUCGGGAUGCACGACACGAAUCGUGUCCAGGCCUAUUGCUAUGCGACAACCCCCAGUGAUAAUUCAGUGCAUCGACGGCAGAUCCAGUCUGAGGCGCCUGUGUUUCAUGAUGCCAGCUCGUGGUCAGCAGAGAGACUUGUUCAGCAAAUCGUACAAGACGGUGUCCACAUUCUGAUCAAUCUCAACGGCUACACCCGAGGGGCUCGAAACGAGGUAUUCGCGGCACGACCGGCUCCGAUCCAAAUGUCAUUUAUGGGAUUUGCCAGUACUCUUGGCGCUGAAUGGUGCGAUUAUCUUCUUGCCGACGAGACUGCUAUCCCAGUGGAUACACUACGCCCAUGGCGGAGGAAUGUAGAUUUGAAGGACCAAUUUGUGGAAGACAACAAUGGAGGUGAUGAUGACGAGGAUUGGGUGUAUGGCGAAAACAUUAUCUAUUGCCGGGACACAUUCUUCUGUUGUGACCACCGGCAGAGCGCUCCGGAUGCGCAGGAGGAGCGACUUAGUUGGAACGAGGAGCAGAGCAAACGAUGGAAAAUGCGGAAGGAAUUGUUUCCUCAGAUCUCGGAUGACACGAUUGUUUUUGGUAACUUCAAUCAGCUCUACAAGAUCGAUCCAACAACUUUCCGAACAUGGCUACGCAUUUUGGCGCAAGUCCCCAAUUCCAUACUCUGGCUGCUUCGCUUUCCGGAUCUCGGCGAGUCACAUCUACUGGCCACUGCCCGCCAAUGGGCAGGGCUGGAAGUAGCAAAUCGGAUCAUCUUCACCGACGUGGCGCCCAAGCACCUGCACAUUUCUCGUGCGCGGGUCUGCGACUUGGUCCUCGACACUGCGGAGUGUAACGCGCACACGACUGCGGCCGACGUCCUGUGGAGCGGCACGCCACUGCUAACUUUGCCACGCUAUGGCUACAAGAUGUGCAGCCGCAUGGCCGCCAGCAUCCUCAAAGGUGCGCUGCCCAAGAACGCUGAGGGCGCGCAGGCGGCGUUAGAGCUCGUUGCGACGAGCGAGGAUGAUUAUGAGCACAAGGCAGUCGCACUCGGAAAAGCUUUUGCUUAUGUUGCCGGCAGCGAGGGCAUCGGGUGUGGGAGGUUGGCCGAGCUGAGGAAGAUGCUCUUCCACGCUCGUUGGAGUAGCGCCCUGUUUGAUACGCAACGCUGGACACGCGAUUUGGAGGAUGCCUAUGAGGAAGCCUGGCGCAGGUGGGUGGAAGGAGAGGGAGGGGAUAUUUGGCUGGACCAGAUCCCGCGCAAAUGACCAAACUUGUGAGCUAGAUCGUGUAUUGGUCGCUCGGUUUGAAUUAAUGAAUUAAGAUAUCCAGCGCCUAUGUGCGUCACAUGUUUACCGUGUUCCUCGUGCUCAAGGAGCCCACUACAUAACGCUGUCGUUUCUAGGUCGAAUUCGUCACCGUUCAUGUUGCGUGACUUUAUUUGUGAAGGCCAGUUCCAACCGCACAGGUCGUAAAACAACCGUUGCGCUCAACGUCAAUCAGAGACACAUGGCAGUGAAGAGAGGAAAGAGAAGACACGUGGUGGGAGCAU